AUUAUAUUUCACACAUAUAUAUAUAAUGAUUACGAGUCAAUACAUUUAUUUUAUUCAACAGUCUUUUUCUUAUGAUUAUUUGAAGUGAUUUUAUUACUCGUCUAUUUCCGCAUAUUUUGAUGACGAAAGUUGGGGCCACCAUUUUGGAUUUGUGACGGAGUCAACAAAAUCUGGGUGGAACUAUAAACUACGAAAUUUUGCUCUGAUUAGGGGUCUUCCAUUAACCUUAUCAAAAUGGAUCGGUCGGGAGGACUCGUACAAAGACGUAACGUGAGUUCUCAUAACCAGACAAUCACAAACAAUGACCCUGAGAAGGAUCAAGUUCUGCCCGAAGAGGAAGAUGAUCACGAUUCCAAGGAAACUAGACUCACUUUGAUGGAAGAAGUAUUGCUUCUUGGUCUUAAGGACAGAGAGGGAUAUACGUCAUUUUGGAAUGACUGCAUAUCAUCAGGUCUAAGAGGCUGUAUUCUCAUAGAACUGGCCAUAAGAGGAAGAUGUGAGUUAGAAAAAACAGGUAUGCGUCGUCGCAGUUUGCUGUCCCGUAAGGUGAUAUGUAAAUCAGAUUCACCGACAGGAGAUGUCCUUAUAGACGAGGCUCUCAAACACAUAAAAGAAACUGAUCCCCCAGAAUCUGUGCAAGGUUGGAUAGAAUAUUUGAGUGGAGAGACAUGGAACCCUUUGAAAUUAAGAUACCAACUACGAAAUGUGAGAGAACGGCUCGCCAAAAAUCUUGCUGAAAAAGGAGUAUGUACAACAGAAAAACAAAAUUUCCUGCUUUUUGAUAUGACAACACACCCUUUGACUGAUUCCACAAUAAAGCAGAAAUUAGUGAAAAGGGUCCAGGACUCUGUUUUGAGUAGGUGGACCAAUAGUGCUCAGAGGAUGGACAAACGUACCCUUUCAUUGAUAUAUCUAGCACAUGCUUCAGAUGUGUUAGAAAAUGCUUUUGCGCCAUUAUCAGACGACGAUUAUGAAGUUGCAAUGAAGAGGGUGCGUGAGUUAUUGGAUUUGGAGCUAGAUCAGGAGGCCAUGAAAGAUGGCGCUAAUGAGCUCAUGUGGGCUGUGAUUGCAGCAUUCAUCAAAUAGGAUUAACACACAUAUACAAACAUACAGUAUAAGAUACAUGCAGAGUUGGUGGUGUAAACAUCAUGACUAAAUUUAUUUUGGGGUAGGGAACAUGCUUUGCCUCAGUCAGAUGGGCUGUCGAUGGUGGACUUAAAAAAAGCAAAACGCUUUUUUUAUUAUAUGCAGUAAACGCGAGCACAAUUGGAAACAAUUCAAUGUGCUUGUGUUCAUCAUACAGACAGUGCACAAAGGGGUGUGAAACAUUUCUCAUUAAGACAGGGGUAUUCUGAACAAUUUGGCCCUUCUGUUAGCUAUUAGGCACAAUGAAAGUUAUAUCUGCUUUUCAGUCUGGUAUCUGCUUUUCUCUGAUAAGUUUGAUCUCUUCAUUUGACACAUGUGACAGUAUAUUACAGGAUGAUUUUUAAAAAUGACCGCAUUAUCAUCAAUAGCAGCGUUUUGAGUUACCGGAUUUGGUGUGUCAAGUUACAUGAUUUAAAAAAGUAUUUGCUGUCUUGUGUGUAUGCCCUAUGAUGAUUUUUAUGUAACAUUUUUGAAAGUUAUAAGGGUUAAAUUGAACCUUCUGCUAUCCUUGGAUUUGAUUAGUAAGCUAAUUUAAUUAUUGACCUUUCCAAACUGCCAUUUGUUUUUAAAUUUUCCACCUGUAUCUAUUGAUUUAGAUUUUGACUGAUAACAAAAUGCAGGUAAUUUUUUCACAGGGCAAAUAAUUCAGUACUGAUACAGGUAACUUUAAGGCAU